AUCGACAGGCUGGCCGUUCGAGGGCCGAAGGAACGUUGGGUGCUCGUAGCCCACUUGACAACCGACAGCCAAAGCAAGAAGCAUGGGCUCCGGACUACCCGCGGUCGAGCGGCUCGUCGGCGCACUCUCAACGCUGGCGGUCGGCCUCACCAUCUACGUCGUGCAUCGCGUCCUGCGCCCCAAGGCCAUGACCAUGGACGACUACUACCGGCAAAAGUACAUGGACACGAGCGAUAUGAUCGGCCACAAGGGCAGCUGCGGCUGCGGCGCCAUGACGUUCAUCGUGCUUGCGCCGCGCAACAUUUGCGCCUUUGACGAUAGCAACACGUUUCCGUCCAAGAAGGGCCGUAUUCCCGUCCUCAUCGUGCCGAUGACGCACCUCCAGAUGACGAGCCAAAGCACCGAGGACGCCAACUCGUUCGUGUCCAUCUACACGCACCACGAGACGCCGACGUUCGCGUCGCAGCACGUCUUUUGCAAGCGCUGUGGCAUUCACCUCUUUCACAUGGAACUCAGCCGCACGGACCGAGUGGCCAUCAAUGUGCAUUGCAUUGACGACGACUACAUCCAAGAACUGCGGGUGGUGUUUGUGCCCAAGGGCGGUCGACCCAUCUUUGAACGGCUAUCGGUGGACGCGAUCGAAGGCCACGCAACGUCAUCCUCGUCCACGACCAAGGCCAUUGGCCAAGGACGCAAGCAAAGCGGAGCUCAAAAGCAGAUUCCUCCGCCCUCAACGUUUGAGCGACAGCUCAUGGCGUGGUCGCAGCUUCAGACCCAAGCCGACCAGCCGCCCGUGGUGCCAAUCACCCACGUACCCGCCAAGCAACCCGAGCCGGCCAAGCCCGAGACGCCGCGACACGACCCGAUGACGACGCCACCGACACCGCCCCACGACUCGAUCUCGCACAUUCCUCAGCAAGAUCUGGUGCGAAUGAAGCACCAGCUCCAGUACUACUUGCAGCGCCACUUUCGUGACGGUGACGACGGCGCGACUGCAGUCGUAUAGGAGCAACAUUAGUGUAGUCUAGGACCAUUAUUUCCAGUUACAACGCAAAAAUUACUAUUUUACAGACAGUUUGAACCAUUCU